AUGCCGCCAUCAGCCGUCUUUUCGUAUUGGCGUCGCGACCACCGCCGCUCUACGGCGCCGCCAGCUCCCUUAUCAGCACAUACACCACUACCUACGAAUGUAGUAGAAAGGCCGCUCAGCCCUCCUCAGCUCCCUGAGAUCCCAGAUACCCCAACUCUCACAAGUGCGCUCGAUACCACACCGUCAUACGAUGCCCCGCCCUGGAGCGAAUCCCCGCUGGAGAUCGAUGCUUCGAAAUCGACGUUUACCCCCUCCGCCGCGCCAUUGUCCUCCUAUAUUACCCUCGCAGUUCCUUCACCAUCUGCUGAGAGACAGAACCGUCCUCACUCGAGUCCCGAAGAGCUUUAUCCCGAGUCAGCCUUCACAGCACAAGCAAACAAUUCACAACACUCUGUGAAUGCGCUCCGGCCGGAUCAAGGCGACAUGGAAUCGAACUUUAAGCCUAGCUCGCCAUUUCGUCUUUCCAUUGGCAAAGGACUACGAAGCUUCCAGACACCAACAUCUGACACUCCGAAGCGAUCACCUACCGUGGGCCCUGGAGCGAGUCAUUUUCGAUUGAGAACCCCACCAGAAGAUCUGUCGGCUGAGAAACCGAACGUUUCCCAGAGGGAGACUAAGCAGGAUGGGGCUUUGUCAAGGCGGGCGCCGGAGCGUGAGAACUCGGCAGAUAGUGUCCACCAUAAGUCGGGAAAGGCAAUGCUUCAUCUUUUGAAUCCCAUGUCACUUCUUGCUCGUCGCCGGUCCUCUCAAAUAAGUAGCUAUCGUGUGGAAGAUUCUAAACUCAGUGCUCCCAAUUCUAUACCUGGUAUUCCCGAUGACUAUGAUCCUCGAAUUCGGGGAAAGAUUGUUCAUGAUUUCUCUGCCCCUCGGCCUCGACGAAAUGUCUCUGGGAACUCGGGAACCGCUGAGCAAGACCCAUCAUUACAACAUCCUGCCCAUCGGUGGGGUGAGAAUACGAGACGGCAGAGUGAUCACUCGCCAGUGUUUAAAGAGCAUUUUGAGGAUGAUGAGAAUGUAAUGCAGGUUGAGAACAAGGGGUACCUCCAGUCGCCGCUUCUCACGGCUCCGACGCAGACAGGCUACGAAAAAUCAAUACCUGUCUUCGCUCGGAAAUUUCCAUCAACGGCGCCUGAGAAUGGUUCGGACGCGGUUGAUGAGUUUGAGAACUUACCUGCUGAACUUCCUGGUGAUUUCCCAGUUGAGCUUCCUGCAGAGGUUCCACCUGAAUAUUUUACAAGCCCGCCAAAAGCAAGUCCACCAAACAACCACAGGGAUCAAGAUAUCAUCCCUAAGGUUCACCCUGCGGGCUUGCCAAAGCACCUGAAGAGUAAUGCCUCUUCAAGAUUCAGCUUUGACAUGGGCGGCGUUGAAUCUUCAGUACAAGAGAAGCUUCUUGAAGAGAAACACAAGGCGAAAGAAGCUGCGCGGAGAUUGGAAGAUGGCUAUUUUGAUGACUUUGAUGACGAUUUCGACAAUGAUAUGCUCGAUGAUAUGGACGAUCUUGAGGAACAGAUUCCAGAACUCAACGCCGAUUAUGAUGAGGAUGAAGAGUUUGUGCACUCUGACUCCCAUAAUAUCCACAGCGACCCCAGAUCUUGGACCGCGCCAGCCCUUUCGCCAGUCGUUGCUAGUCCGACUAUACCGGCUCUACCAUCUGAGAGCUCGAUUAAUGCCCUGAGCCCUGGCCCGACUGGGACUGUGACAUCCAGUUUCAACUCGCCUACUAGCACUGAGGUGUUGAGCCCUACGGAAAGUCUACUUGUCGAACCUCUUCCGCUGCGUGAUUCUCGACUGGAUAUGACGCCUAUUCCUGAGGAUUCACAGCAACCUUCGUCUGUCGAUAACAAGCAGGAGAUGUCAGAACUUGAUUACAUUGAAGAUGAUCUCUAUUUCGAUGAUGGGGAAUUCGGGGACCUCGAUGCAGAUGAUCUCGAUGGAGGAUUUGAUGAAUCUAUCUUUGACGAUGAGACGAGUCAUCUAUAUGAACGAAAACAAGUCAAUAAAGAACCCGCCAGGGAUCUUUCCCCAAUUGCAGGAUCUGAGAACAACGACCCAGUGGAAAAGGAAAUUCCCACCGAAAACGACGCCACGCAGGGUCUUCAGCACAUGCCUAGCGUAGCAAGUGAGUACCAUUCUCUGAAGCGUGGCCCGCUUGGGGAGCCAAUCCCCAAUUUGGGACCUGCGCGAGCCCAUGGUGGUGUUCUCACAGAACAGAACCUCGAAGUAUUGCACAACGCUCUAGCCUUUGCGGCAAACGAGGCAGCGACCCAGAGUCGGUUCGGGCGCACGCUCAGACAAGAGAGCUUAUCCCAGACCUCACAUACUGCCGACUCGCAACCUGGUCUUGUAUCCGAUGACAGUCGACUCAGCCAAGCAGCCGACAUGAUAGCAUUUGAUGAUGUGUUUGACGACCAUAUUUACGAUGAUGAUGCCUACUACGAUGAUCCCAUUGUCGCAGCAGCCAAUGCGGAGGCGUUGGAAAACGACGAUGAAGGCUUUUACGGUCAGGAGUUCGGUUUCUAUGCACAGGCUCAUAGCAACGGUGGUGCUGAAAUGACCAACGGGGGAUACUUUGGUCCACGAGGGGUCGAAGGGAUCACUCGUAGCUUUAGCAGCCGCGGGAAAUUCCAAGAGCCCAGCUUGACCCCCAUCACCGAACGCAGUGAAUGGAGCACUCGCAAUUCGGUCAUUUCUGUUAAAGCCAAUGGAGCUACUCAUUCCAAUGCAUCCCUUGCUAGUCCCGGUCUGGCUCAGCUUGUUGAUAUGGGCAACCUUGACGAUGAGAUGACUCUCAGAGCACUCAUGAAAUUGCGCCGCGGUGCUUGGGGUGGUAGCAAUGGUAGUCUACGCAGCAGUGCAGGCAGUCCGCCACCUCAUACCUUGACUUCCUCCCAUCGUGGCAGCUUUGCGGCUCCUUCAGAGACUGCCAGUCCCUCUGAGACUAGAGCAUUUACUGAUGAAGGGUUAGCCAGUCUAGGCUAUCACCCUGAUGAUUACUCUCAUACACUUUCACCACUCAAAGACAGUGGAUUACCAUCUGCCGAUCUCCCGCAUAGUGAAAUACCGCAUAGCGGAAACGACGGCCCGAGUUACGCAGAUAUUGAGGAGAAAUUGCCGAACACCGGCGGUCAUCCUCUCAAUGUCCUGUAA